AUGAAGUGUUUUCACUUCACAAAUGGCGAUAAGAGAGGCGAAGGAGACGAAUCCGUCGUUUCUAGAGCUUCGAGACUCUCAUGGGCUCGAUCUUUAAGCGUAGCUUCCUCAACAACGUCAGACCCAACUCGCCGGUCCGAGUUUGACUCGGAUUGGAGUUUCUCGCCGGAGCGUUUUGGUUUCCCUAAGCCACUGAGUCAACGGUGGAUCGGUGGAAUCGCCACCGCAGAGAACGAUCUGAAGGUAUUCACAUUCAGAGAGUUGAAAUUAGCAACCAAAGGGUUUAAUAGAGCUCUUCUGAUCGGAGAAGGAGGGUUUGGUUGCGUUUAUAGAGGAAUCGUUGAUGGUUUUGAUUCCAAGAUUGAUGUUGCUGGGCAUAAAGAAUGGAUCAAUGAGGUGAAUUUUCUAGGAGUAGUGAAUCAUCCAAAUCUUGUAAAGUUAGUUGGAUAUUGUGCUGAUGACGACGAAAGAGGGAUGCAAAGGCUUCUUGUUUACGAACUUAUGUGCAAUAAAAGCUUGGAAGAUCAUCUUCUAGGCAGAGUCAUGUCUGUAUCUCUUCCGUGGAUGACGAGGUUGAACAUUGCUCGAGACGCUGCUCAAGGCUUAGCUUAUCUUCAUGAAGAAAUGGAUUUUCAGCUGAUUUUUCGAGAUUUCAAGUCUUCAAAUAUCUUGCUUGACGAGAGAUUUCGUGCUAAACUCUCGGAUUUCGGAUUAGCUAGGCAAGGACCUCCCGAAGGACUUGGCCAUGUCUCAACUUCAGUUGUAGGAACGAUUGGUUACGCGGCUCCCGAGUAUGUACAAACCGGUAAAUUGACAGCAAAGAGCGAUGUUUGGAGCUAUGGGGUCGUGUUGUAUGAACUGAUCACGGGAAGACGAGCAAUGGACAGAAAUCUACCUCGGGGGGAACAGAAGCUUCUAGAAUGGGUGAAACCUUAUGUAUCUGACUCGAAGAAAUUCCAUGUGAUUGUGGAUCCACGGCUUGAAGGCCAGUACUACUGUAUGAAGUCUGUUCAGAGAGUAGCUGCAUUAGCAAACAAAUGUCUAAUGAAACAACCGAAAUCUAGGCCUAGAAUGAGCGAAGUCGUUUCACUUCUUGGAAGCAUCAUCGAUGAAGAGAGGGAAAAUGCUCCUUCGACACUUGCUGAUGAAACAGAAGAGAUCGUUAUAGCCGGAGUAGAGAGUGAGCCUGAGCUGACGAAGCAAGGGAGUAAUUAUAUGAAAAAAGUUCUUGAUCUCAGGGAUAAGAUGAACUUAAACAAGUCGCUUUCGAAGCUAGACUGGCGAAACUGGACACCCGGACUGGUUAGAACAUGGUAG